CGUCAUUACGUACGUAUACUUGAAAACAAAAUGGCGAAUAUCCAGUGUGUACGGAAAGUUGUGCUAUUUCUUUAAGUCGAAAACACGAUAACCAAAACUUCUUGUUUGACUUUCAAAUUUAGUAUUUAUCUCGCUAAACAUUGUACGCGCGUUGUCCAUCUUUUGACGACACACAGCGUGUUGUUCUUACCUCCAGUUGGCGAACUCGUUAUCUUCUCUCAGAUUGGUUUUGUUUUUAACUCACAGUGAUCAUUGUUUGGCGUAAAUCAUGGAGGUUCUUGUAACUGAUUUCUCUCAGCGACUUUGCCAAGUCCAUCUCUCCUUUGGUGCUUCAGUUUGGCACUUAACAGAUGUCCUCUCUCGCGAACGGGGAAUCCCACACACCGACUUCUAUGUGAAGAGCAACGGGCGGCUGUUGGCGGAAGAUGAGGAGCUGCAGGCGGGAGGAUGGUACCGGCUGGAGCCGCGACUGUGCGGAGGGAAAGGAGGGUUUGGGUCCAUGCUCCGCGCGCUGGGAGCUCAGAUUGAGAAGACCACGAACCGCGAGGCGUGCAGAGAUCUGAGCGGGAGACGCCUCCGCGACGUCAACCACGAGAAAGAGAUGGCGGACUGGCUGAAGAAGCAGGCGGAUCGCGAGGCGGAGAAGGAGCAGCGGCGUCUGGAGCGGCUGCAGCGGAAGCUGGCCGAGCCCAAGCACUACUUCAGCGACCCGGCGUACGAGAAGCAGUGCCACGACAUGUCCGAGCGCAUGGAGGAGUCCAUCAAACGGGGUCUGCAGGCCUCGUCCAGCGGAACCUCGGGGGUCUCCCGGAAACGGGCCUCUCCGUACGGGGCGGAUCCCGGGAAGAGACCUAGGCUGUGGCAGAGUGGGGUGGAUGACCUCUCCAGCUCUGAGGACGACAGCGAGGGCAGCGAUGAGGAGGCCUCCUCUUCCUCUUCCUCCAGACAGGAGAGCAGCUCUGCCCCCCCACCCCACAGAGCCGCACGGGCCCCCAGCUCCAGCUCCUCCAGCCACAGCUCUCCACAGAGGCCUCCAGAGGAAACCACAGAGCAAGAGACUCCCAUGGAGCCGGAGGCACAGCAGGGCACGGAGCCUGUUACUCCAAGGGGGGCGGAGCCUGUUACUCCAAGGGGGGCGGAGCCUGUGGCUGAGAGGGAGGCGGAGCCUGUGGCUGAGAGGGAGGCGGAGCCUGUGGCUGAGAGGGAGGCGGAGCCUGUGGCUGAGAGGGAGGCGGAGCCUGUGGCUGAGAGGGAGGCGGAGCCUGUAGCUGAGAGGGAGGCGGAGCCUGUGGUUGAGAAGGAGGCGGAGCCUGCAGUUCAGACCGAUGCCCCAGCUCCAGAUUUGAGUGACACACAGCAGAUCACCCAGAACGCUGUGGGGCUCUCUCAGGCAGAGAGCACUGCUGCCCCCAACACAGAUGAUGCACCACUGGACCUGCAGACAGUAGGGGGCGCUGUGGAGCUGGAGGCCCUGGGGCUGGACAGGCUGAAGGUGGAGCUGAUGGGUUUGGGGGUGAAGUGUGGGGGCACCCUGCAGGAGCGGGCCGCCCGGCUGUUCUCCGUCAGAGGCCUGGCCAAGGAGCAGAUCCCCCCCGCCCUGCUCGCCAAGCCGGCCCCCCCCCGGAGGAAAUAACCCCCCCCCCCCCGGAGGAAAUA